AAAACAAAAGUCCUAUUUUGUAGCCGAUAAUUUUGCAUAUAAAGUUCAAACACGAACUUCGUUUUUCGGUUUUGGAUUCCAAAAUAUGCUUUAAACAAACCGCAUUUUUUUAUAUUUUUUUUUUAUAUUUUGGUUAUUACUGAUCUUUCUCUCUCACGAGAGCUCGCCUGCUCUGGUUAACUUCCGAAGAAACUGCAUGGCCGUUUUUCAACCGUUUCAUGGCUCAUGUCGAUAGUGACUGUUUAGUCUAGAAUCAGUUCCACAGAACUUGGUCUUGGGAUACAUUUGACUGUUGUGGUAAAAAGUUGAGCAAUGGAGAAUGGUGGAGGCUCGAAACUAACCGGCGGCAUUGGGCAGAUUGUGAGACUAAAGAAAAUAAUUCAUAAAUGGCAAAGUGUCACAAUUGGCUCAAAAACUUCCCGCCUGCAAAUCGAAGAAUCUAAUACUAGAAAAUCACCAAUAAUCAACAAAAGAAUAACAAAAUUCAUAAAUUGUGAGUCUGAUGAGGAAAGCUGCAAAAGUCCAGAGCCACCACAUGAUGUGCCAAAGGGUUACUUGGCGGUCUAUGUCGGCCCCGAGCUUCGACGGUUCAUCAUUCCAACCAGCUACCUUAGCCAUUCCCUAUUCAAAAUGUUGCUUGAAAAGGCUGCUGAGGAAUUCGGAUUUGAUCAGAGCGGCGGGCUCACGAUACCGUGUGAGAUUGAGACCUUUAAAUAUCUACUCAAAUGCAUUGAGGCCCAGGAGAAAGAAGAACAACAUGAUGACAGCUUGUCUGGAAACUCAGAAACAGAAGGAACCUUGGAAGAGUAAUUGUAGUUAUUAUUAUGAUCUCUGUUGAGGUUCACAUUCAUAGGGUGUCUUCAGGUGUAAAAGUGGCUCUCUCUGCUUCCAUUUUUUGUUUUGUUUUGGUUUUCUUAUAGAAUAUCAUAGUUAGAAAAAAAUUCAAGUUCCAUGGCAAUAAUUUGCUGGUGGAGUGGUUAUUAGACAUUCAUGUAUAAGACCUUCAUUCUUUGUUUCUUUUAGUCACUCACAUGCUUUUAUAGCUAAAAGUAUUAUUCAUAUGGAACAGCUUUGAAUUUUAAACUAGUUAUAUAUUCUCUCCAAA